AUGCGGCAUGCCACCGCCCAGCAAAGAGCCGUAAGCAUGUCACCAUUGUGUCGUGUCCAUGUUGCACUAGUGCUUGAUGAGUGGGAAGGCCUGCGGGAUGAGGUUCUGGUCGGUUUGGGCCUGAGGAUCUUGAGGUACACCCUACUUCGUGCAACUGCGUUUGUUGCGUAUAGGUUGGAAUCGCCUGUGCCUCGCGGAUGCAGCCCCAGCCUUUACCGAUUAAGGCCCUUCGGCUGCCGUCCGGGGCACUUCACGGGAAAAUUUGGCUUGCCGAGAGACGUCUCGCGCUUGUCGACAACAGCGGAUCUGCGGGUUCUUGCUCUGGAUCUGCACUCCGAGAGCCCCUGCGUUGUAUCCGAGGCUUUCCUCCCUGUGGUUUUGUCGUGCUCUUCUACCUGCGCGGCACUGGCGUGCGUACCCUUCCACCGCCUAGAAACGGUUGCACCCGCGGAGGUGCUCGACGAACUCGAUGCUUUGCUCGUGGCCACAAACGGGGCAGCAGCAAUCAUCGAGACAAACAAGCAGAUGCAGGCCCUCGUGAGCAUCAUCACCGAACUGCAAACCAGGUUAGAAUUCCUUGAGUGUGCGCCAGCAAAAGCGUAG